AUGUCGUUCAAAAAGUAUCAAUACGUCGCACCGGUAUCGCCUCAGGAUCUCACCGAAUGUUUAUCUUUCACUAUCGAUUUUCCCUCAUGCAAGUUUCUACACGUGGGGCUUGAUCCUUCUCAACACACAGUCAUACUUAUAAUCACGCCUUCGAGACACAUACUUAUCACCGUCGAGUUCUUUCAAAGUAUUAACCGAUUAAUGGGAGAUAUACUGUCGUUUUUACUGAAUCCACCGACAUAUAAAAAAAAUGUUUUUUCGUAUACCGAAACUACGACACUUUCGAGUAUGGUAUAUAAAGGAGAAAACGUUAUCGUAUUCGAGUCGAAAACUCAAGACGGGUGCAGAGUGUUACUGAACCGCGAAGACCUCUUACAGUUAAUAACUCUAGAAAAUAGAAUUUUGCAGAACAUCGCACGUUUAGAAGAAACGAGAAAAGCGAGUAUAACAUUAAGACCUCAUUUAAAUAUAUAA